AUGCUGGCCCGGCAGGGGCAGGGGCAGGGGCAGGGGCAGGCCGGCGGGGCCAAGGCGGCUCCCCCCGCCAGAGUCCGCCUCCCCGUCCUGGACAUCCCGGACCGCAGGGAUUCCUCCGCGCUGCGCUCCCGCCGGGCGCCCUGCUCCCGGGAAGCCAAGAGAAGUUUGGCAGAGGCCGAAGCGGGGACGGACGCCAGCCCAGGGGACUCCGGCGGCCCCCUCCGAGGCUCGGAGGCCGAGGAGGCGGAGGACGAGGACCGGGAAGCCGAGGACGCGGGCGCGCGACGGCCGCACGAGCGGGCUGAGCGCCUGCAGGCGGACCCGGCGCGCUCCCCGAGUCCCGGGCGGCGGCGCUGGCGGCGGCGGAGCGGCCCGAGAGCUCCCCGGGCUGCCCGGCUCCCCGCGGCCCGCGCCGAGCCCCGCUGCGCCAAGCCAGGCCGCGCCCGCCUUCACCUGCGAGCAGCUGGGGGCCCCGGAGAACGAGCUCGCCCCGCGCUACCUGUGGGCUGCGAGCGCCCGAGCCUCGCGCUGUCGCCCAGCCUCACCGAGACGCAGGCCCGACCUGCUUCCCGAGGCGGAGGACCCAGUGGAAGAAGCAGAAGCCCGGCCCCCGGGCGGCGCAGGGGGGAGCGGCGCGCCCCAGCCCGGGGCGGCGGGCGGCGGCGGGAGGGCGGCCGGGGCGGGGCAGCCCGGGAGCGCCCGGCUGGCUGCGUGGCCCUCGCAGACUUUCCGCUCCUCCUCGGAGGCCCACGUCCUCCUUCCCGCCGAGGCCGCAGCGCUGGGGGCCCUCUGCAUCCUUCCUCGGGCCCUCCGACCUGA